AUGUCCAUGGACAGCAGAAAGAGGCCAGCGGGUUUCUCCAACUCUGGGAACCUGGUUUACUGGUCCUCCUCGUUUCCGCGGCAACCAGCCAGGGUCCUGAUCGUGGAGGCGCUGCCACCCUGGUGGUCCCAAACCUGCGCGGUGCUCUGUGACGCUCUGGAGAACUUCCUGUCCCUGGCCUGUAGUCUGGAUGGACCCUGUCGGAUACCGCUGCUCAGCCUGUACGCUGUCAGCAGGCAGCAGGAAUGUCUACUGCCCCUUGUGCAGGUUGGUGGUAACCUGGCGCGGCUGCGUUCCUGUGUCGAGGAGCUGAGGACUAUUCCAGGUGAAGGUUGUGUCAGAGGAGCAGCCAGAGGAGGCGAGCUGCUGCGUCAGGCAGUGCUUGACAGUCUGCAGCAGUUUAAACAGUACAUCAGACACACCAACACUGGCAGCCAGGCCAGCAACAAUAUAUCUGUGGAGGUUACGGUGGUGACCAGCCAGCCAGGGCGGGGUGUUGUCUGCCAGUUGGAGAAGGGGCUGAAAGAUGCCGACCUGGUGUCACUGAAGCGGCUCCUGGUGGUGCAGAUCUAUAGUGCGGCUGACUGGGGCCAAGACAACCACUCACCUAAAGCCACGCACACUGACACUGAAGACUCUCUGAUGUUGGGGACGGAGGUCGACCUGCAGCGGGUGGAAAACAGCGUGUUCGCCAUGGAGACGGUGUUGAAGGCGUGGCUUCAAGAGCAGGGAGGAGACAGAGAGCACCUCCACCUCCUGCUGCCCAGCCCCCCGCACGAUCCCACUCCAGUGUGUGUGAAGUGUGACAUGCAGGAGCGUCUGAUAAGCCCCGCUCUCAUCCCCCUGAACCCCAACCUGGGAGUGAUGACCGAGAGCAUCCGGGACUUCCUGCCUGUCACUAAGGGAUCAGCCAAUCAGAGCCAACCGCCACGGAGACUGAAAGUAAUCAAGACACUGCGAGCAGACGGAGUGUGUGAGAGUGUGUUGUACGGCCUGCCGCUGGUGAUCCGCCCCACCACCUGCUGGCAGCUGGACUGGGAUGAAAUGGAGAGCAACCACAACUUGUUCCACGCUCUCUGCCACACGCUCAGGAGUCGGGACCUGUUCCUGCUGCUGCAGGUGGAGCCCGCACAGAGGUCUGCAGCUGGAGGCUCAGGUGUGUAUUCUCACUACGUCCUGCAGCCAUCCCCGUCUCUCUCCUUCCUCCUGAAGCCUGUCGUCUGCAGAGAGUUGCUGCUGCCCUGCUCCCUGCCUGUCUCCACUCAGCAGCCUUCACCUGACGCCAUGCACACUGUUCAGGGUUGUCUCACUCAGCUGGAUGAGGAGUGUGUGUUCAACCCUCUCUCUGUGAGCAGUAACCUGUACCAGCACCUGAGGAGCAGAGGUCUGCUCUCACAGCCUCGAUACCCGUACAGGCUGCAGAAAGGAGAAGCCCACAGGGACCAGUGUCAACCACUAGAGGGCCCUAAAGCCUCAGCCAGCAGACAGCGGCAGCCACAAAAUCAGGGUCGCCAGCUGGGAAUGAACAGCAGGGUCCGAGCCACUGUGGCUCCCCUGCCCUCGACCUCCUCCUCCUCCUCCCUGGGACUUCCUCCUGCUAAGGCCUCUCGUCCGGCUCUGAAGCUCCUCAGCAGCAGCAAUGGAAGCCGUCGGGCCCCGGCCCCUUCUCGACAGGAGGAAGACAACGGUGAUGAUGACUCCAUAAUAACACAGUGA